UUUGGUAGAGACUGUAGCAAAGAGGCCGAAUAAAACUAGGGAUAGAUUGCCAUCAACUUCCUUAGUGGAGUCUUAUGUUUAUGGUCGAGAGAAUGACAAAGAAGAGCUGCUGAAAUUGCUCCUUUCAAAUGAAUCGAGCGAUGAUCAAGUGGUUGUGAUACCAAUUGUUGGCAUGGGAGGGGUCGGUAAAACAACUCUUGCUCAAAUGGUGUACAAUGAUGACAGAGUCAACGAAUUUUUCGAUUCCAAGGCUUGGGCUUGUGUUUCAGAUGAUUUUGACAUUUUUGGGGUAACAAAGACGAUCCUCAGAGCAAUCACAGCAGGUGGCUGUGAUUAUGAGGAUCUGAAUAUGGUUCAAGUGAAACUGAGUGAGGCCUUGACCAGGAAGAGGUUUCUAAUUGUUUUAGAUGAUGUUUGGAAUGAAAAAUACGAGGACUGGGACAUCCUGCGCCGCCCAUUUCUAGUUGGUUCAUCUGGGAGCAAGAUAAUUGUCACCACUCGGAAUCAAAGGGUGGCAUCAGUAGUGUCUUCCACUUCUGGAUAUAGUCUGGAGGUGUUGACAGAUGAUGAAAGCUUAUGGUUACUGGCAAGACAUGCACUAGGAAGGACAAAUUUUGACAGGUACCCCAAUCUAGAAGGCAUUGGUAGGAGUAUUGUAAGGAAAUGUAAGAACUUGCCCUUGGCCGUGAAGACUCUUGGAGGGCUGUUGCGUGAUAGAUCGACCCCAGAUGAAUGGACGGAUAUACUGAACAGUGAGAUAUGGGAAAUAAAAGAGGAUCAAAGUGAUAUUCUUCCAGCACUGAGAUUAAGCUAUUAUCAUCUUCCUGCCCAUCUAAAGCCGUGCUUUGCUUAUUGCUCCAUAUUUCCCAAGGACUAUGAGUUUGACAAAUAUGAGCUUGUAUUGCUCUGGAUGGCAGAGGGUUUUCUCGAGGAAUCAAAAGCAAGUGAUCUUAUGGAGGACAUAGGGGACAAUUAUUUUAAGGAGCUACUAAUGAGGUCCUUCUUCCAGCAGUCAAGUUCCACUUCCACUAGUUCACGUUUUGUGAUGCAUGACCUUAUUAACGAUCUAGCUAGAUAUGUUGCGGGAGAUUUUUGUUCCAGACUGACAGACGGCUUGGAAGAGAACAUCAAAUGCACGAUUCUUGACAAGGUUAGGUAUGCAUCAUUCACAUGUUCAUGGUAUGAAGCUACACAAAAGUUUAAAACUCUUCAGAAGGCAAAACAUUUGCGGAGUUUCCUACCAUUGCCCAUGUAUGAAAGCACGACGUCUUACGUCGCUGAAAAGGUCGUAGCAGAACUUUUGCUGGAAUUGCGAUACUCAAGGGUGCUAUCAUUCAGUGGCUAUGCUAUCUCUGAUCUACCAAAUUCCAUAGGUGAAUUAAUACAUCUAAGGUACCUGAAUUUGUCUGCUACUCGGUUGAAAUUGUUGCCUGAAUCAUUGAGUAAUCUUUGCAAUUUACAAACACUACGAUUGCGCAACUGCAGGAAGCUGAUUAACUUACCGGUGGGUAUUAGAAAAUUAAUUAACCUGCGCCAUCUUGAAAAUUCCAAUACUAGUCAAUUGAAUGAGAUGCCUUCAGGGAUUGAUCAGUUGACGAGCUUGCAGACACUAUCCAAAGUGGUUGUGAGCAAAAAUGGUGGGUUCAGGCUGAAUGACUUGGGGAACUUGUCCUUACUGGCAGGGUCACUCGCCAUUUUGGAGUUGCAAAAUGUUACGAAUGUUCAAGAAGCACGGGAUGCCAAUUUGAAGAACAAGAGGGACCUUGAUAAAAUAGUAUUGGCAUGGAAUAGUGAAUAUGAUGAUUCACUGAAUAAAGCUCUUCAACAAGAUUUGCUUGAGGCACUACAGCCACACACAAACCUAACGAGUCUUGAAAUUAAGUUCUAUAAGGGAGACAAAUUCUCUUCCUGGGUGGGGGAUUCUGCAUUUAGUAAAUUAGUAAAAGUAAGCCUUAGCGGUUGUACAUACUGCAAGUGUUUACCAUCACUCGGGCAAUUGCCUGCGCUCAAGGAUUUGAGCAUUCAAAGCAUGCGUGAGGUGAAGGCAGUAGGUACCGAGCUAUGUGGCAAAGAUUGCUCUUGGGAAUUUUCCUUUCCAUCGCUUGAAAGUCUAACAUUUGAUGACAUGCCAGAAUGGGAGGAAUGGACUUGCCACUUAAGUUCAGCAGGAGAGAACGAAUGCCACUUCCCUCUGCUCCAGAAGCUCUGUAUAAGUGGAUGCCCAGAGUUGAAAAGCAUUCCUGUUUUGCAUCUUCCUUCACUCUCUGAACUAAAGUUGCAAAAGUGCUCGGUGGGAAUUGCAAAAUGUUUUUACAAUUUGACCUCAUUAAACAAAUUGGAGUUUAGGCAGAUUAUAGGGCUUGCAUCCCUCGAGGAUGCGUUCAUGCAGUUCCCAUCAGGCCUUGAACGUAUCACAUUACCUUUCAUCCUUGGAGGAGCUUGCUGUGUUACCCAUGCUUAA